AGCCAUUGACGUUGCGCCCAUGAUGUACAUAGCACACACUCUCUUCUUCUGAAAUACUAACAGGAACACUGAACUCACAGAAGGAAAAGCCAAACAUUAAGUCAGAACAAGCCAAAGCCUAAUUCUACAGAGAUGCCAAUGGAGAAAAGUGGGAUGCAGAAAAAGGUCCCAGAACACAGAGCUUGCCUCUGCUCAAGAAUGAACAGCACCAUGGUCAAUUACUACCAAGUACUAGACAUCCCACAAACUGCCUCCUCAGAUGACAUUAAAAAAGUGUACAGGCAACAUGCCCUGAAAUGGCACCCAGAUAAAAACCCAGAGAACAAGGAAUAUGCUGAGAAAAAAUUCAAGGAAAUAGCAGAAGCUUAUGAAGUGCUGUCGGACAGUAAGAGAUCAGAACUCUCUUUCCAUUUCCCCAUUGCCAGAGGUUAUAAGCGUGACCUUUAUGACCUUUAUGGGCUUGAGGGGCUUAUGAGCCUGAGCACAGGGCCUGGGCUUUAUCAGAGCUUAAAUGGAACACCUGACCUUAUGUUCACCUUUCGAGAUGCGGAUGAGGUCUUCAGAGAAGCUUUUGAAGGACAAGAUCCCUUCACUGAAAACUUGGAAGAAACAUCUCCUGUUGCAGAUCUACGAGAAGGACUGUCCCAGUGGAUCAUACCGGGGGAGAGCACCUACUCAUACUAUUCCUAUACCUCUCCAACCCAGACAGAUUUCUUCACUACUUUUGGACCUGGCGCUGAACUGGGAAUCGGCUUCAAUUCCAUCUCUACAUCGACAAAAUACAUUAACGGCAAGAGGAUAACCACCAGGAGAAUUCUGGAGCAUGGGCAGGAGAGGCUAGAAAUUGACGAGAAUGGAGAGCUCAAAGUGGCAGAAGAGCAAGAUUUCACCAACAACUUGAAGGACAGUUUGGAGCACGUCAAGCAGGAGCAACCUGAGGUCCUGAGUUCUGCAACUGACAUCCGGGCUCUGCCGCGGCCACAAAGUGUUGGGCCUGCUUUGGCCUCCUGCCCUGAGAACGAAGAGAAGGAAUUGCACCGGGCUAUGGCCUACAGCUUAUCUGAGAUGGAGAAUGUGGGGCAGAACCCAGCCAUCUCCCAUGGCUCCAAGAAGAGACGAGGCAGCCUGCGGCAGAUGCGGAAAAGGCUGCCAGGAGCCAGCGAGGAAGCACUGGCUGCCCCCUGGAUCAUCCAAAGAAGAAGUCCAGGCGCAGGGGAUAACACAAAGGAGAAGGAAGACAAGCCACCAGAAGAUGACAAGGUGGGAGGGAGCAAAGGAGAACACAAGAACCAGCCUACGCUUAGCCCUGAGGAGAAUGACGCUGCCCUUAGAGACAUGCGGUAUGUCUUUCCUGACAUCAUCCCAUCCCGCAGGGAGAGGGAUUCCAUCCUCUGUGCUAUUCUCUGAGCUCCAGAAUCCAAGAGGAGAGCAACUUCUUCCCAAUAAAGGUUACCAC